CACGCAUGCGCAGUGACGAGACGCCGUUUGCAUGUGUUUAGCUCGACACGCGUGUUUUCACCGGUCAGGACUCUCUGUGCUACUGCCACACCAAACAUGGCAAAAGCAGACGUUGCAAGUUGUCAGAAAAAGCAAGACAAAGAGGACAGCGUUAACACCGAAGGACAGACAGAGACUGCCUCUUCAAGCGAACAGACAAAGGAUGCUCCUGUAGAGAGCACAGAGAUGAAACUGGAGGAGGAGAACCAAGAUGAACAAGAUUCACAGAUGGACAUUGAAGUAAAAGGAAGUAAGCCUACUGUAACUGUAUCCUGGGACCAGAAGAGUGAGGAAGAAAAGGAGAAUGGCAGUGGGGAAUCGGACAUCUCUUUAGAUGAGGAAGUCAGUUCUGCAGAGGACAUCCCAAGUGAGAGCACAGAGACAAAUGUGAACCAAGAGAUUCAGGAAUCUGCAGAAUCUGAGGAGGACACCGUCACUGGAGAAAAUGAAAGUACACCCACAGAAACUGUAACCUUGGAGAAGAAGAAUGACGAAGGAGAAAGCAAGGACAUUCAAAAGAAAACCAAAAGAGAAAAUGGGAAACGGAAGGCCACGUCUACAGAUGAGACCUCCCCAUCGAAGAAAACCAAGCUCAUCAAUGACGGUUAUUGUCUUUAUGUUGGUAACCUGGACAACUCUAAAAACUUUAAAGACGUUAGAGAAUCAUUAGCAAACUACUUCAUGACUCGAAGUUUCCUGGUUCAAGACAUCAGAUUAGAUCGGUCCAAAAAACAUGCAUAUAUAGAUUUGGCCUCAGAGAUGGACUUGACCAAAGGCUUGACGCUAAACGGAGAGAUGCUGCUUGAUAAGCCGAUGAGGAUCGCCAAAGCAAAGAUCAAAAGUGAGGAAAAUGUGAAGGUGAAGGUGAAAGCUUCAGCGGAAGAAAAAAGAGCCGUCAGAGAUGCCAGGUGUUUGUUCCUGAAGAACGUCCCGUUGAAUGCGACAAAACAAGACAUCAUGAAAAUCUUCCGCAAGGCCGCCGACGUGAGGUUUCCUGGUGGAAGUGAAACUGCAAACAGAGGUAUUGCUUUCGUGGAAUUUAAAAAUAAAACCAUUGCAAAGAAAGUACAGCAGAAAAAACGAGUAGCAAGGAUCAGAGACCAGGUUUUGAUCGUGGACCGUGUAGGAGAAGCAAAUAAGCCUAAAGAGGCCCCAGCUAAUGAGGACAACAAGAACAAGACGAAAGCUCCUGCGGAAGUUCCUCCAAAUAACACUUUGUUUGUGAGCAAUUUGUCUUACAAUGUGAAAGAAAGCAACCUCAAUAACGUCUUUAAAAAAGCUGUUAGUAUCAAUAUGCCUCAAAACCAAGGCAAAUCAAAAGGAUAUGCAUUUGUUGAGUUUGCAAAUGUGGAAGAUGCUGAAAAGGCCUUGCAGGCAUCCCAAAAACUUAAGAUCCGCAAAAGAGAGGUCAAAAUACAAUUCUACGAAAAGAGAGAAAAGACGGAGAGUGUGACAGCUCUGUCAGACACGCUGAUCGUGAGAGGCCUUGCUGAAAAGACGACUGCGGAGACUCUGAAGACUGCUUUUGAAGGAUCGCUUAGUGCAAGAGUCUGUAUGGAUAAAGAGACAGGAAUUUCAAAAGGGUUUGGAUUUGUGGAGUUUGGAAAUGCCGAAAACUGCAAAGCUGUCAAAGAAGCCAUGCAGGACUGUGAGAUAGACGGCAGCAAAGUGACUGUGGAGUACGCAAAGCCCAAGGUAGAGAAGAAGAACCAGCCUGCAGGUCAACGGGCUGCCAGAGGUGGGGUCAAAGACAAAGGCGGAAGAGGUGGCAGCAGAGGAGGUUUCAGAGGACGUGGAACUGGCAGGCCUCAAAAACUGGGACAUUAAGGCUGACUGUUCUGAGUUUGACUGAACAUACAGACUGUGCUAGGUUGUGAACAUUUGUACACUAUUAUUAGCCCUACCUGAUUGUAGGACUUGUGACACAUUGUAACUUUUAUAUUUUGUACUUCAACAGGGCGUCCUCAGAGUUACAGGAUAAUAAGAUUUUGUUUUCAUAAAUUUAAAUUACAAAAAAACCCCCAACAUAAAUCCAACAUAUUACUAAAUAAAUCAACCUAUUUGUAAAAUAAUAAUUUAUCCAACACUGAUGAGAGAAUACUAAGGACGGUCAUGUCAUCUAGCCGCCUUACAUGUUACUGUAGGCCAGUAUCAUACGUUACAGUUUUAUAGACUAAGAGUUCUAGACUUUUAAAUCUGAGGUGUGAAAAUAUUGAAAACUUUAAAACUGUUAAUUUCACAACUCUUAUGAAACAAUAUUAAAGCUGUUUUCACUUCAUUUGGGUUCAUGUUAAGAGUUGAUCAUGUGUAAUUUUCUAAUGUGAAGAUAAAUGUAUUUUAAACCAAA